UCCAGGAUUUGCCUUCGGUGUACGAGGAUCUUCCCGGGUUAUCGCUCCUGGGAAUGAUACCCGUUUCCGGAGCUUGGUUCGACCCAUGACUGCCUGGUGGGUGGGGUGUAUCUCGUGGUGCAAUUCCAUCCCUAAUCCGAGUGAGCAUGUUCCAGCUAAAAUCGCUCAGGUAAGAAAAAAAAGACAAAUCUCCCAGGGUGUGCAUCUCUCGAUAUUUUCCUCAAACAAAACCGUACUGUCAGGGACCAGUAGCAGUAACUGCCUGAUCGAAUGACAGGGGCCAUGGCCUUCGUGGGGACUGCAGUGCGGAGGCUGGGGGUCUGCUGCCCAUCCCUCUCGCCCCUCUACUGUCCCGCCUCCCGCUGCUACAGUGCCCCCUCUGAGCCUACCACUGCAAAGAGUGUUCCUUAUGAGAAGACCCUGAAGCAGGAGGGGGGGUUCAGUGGCCCCACCAAGCCCUUGCCAAAGUCUGCGGAUGCCGUAGUAAUCGGAGGCGGAAGCCUGGGUUGCCAGACCAUCUACCACCUGGCUAAAAUGGGCAUGACCAAUGUGGUGCUGCUGGAGAGGGACAGGCUGACUGCAGGGACUACCUGGCAUACAGCUGGUCUGCUCUGGCAGCUGCGGCCAAGUGAUGUGGAGGUAGAGCUGCUGGCCCACACCAGGCAGGUAGUGAGCACCGACCUUGAGCAGGAGACGGGCCUGCACACUGGUUGGAUCCAGAAUGGGGGCCUCUUUAUUGCCUCCAACAAGCAGCGGCUGGAUGAGUACAAGCGCCUCAUGUCGCUAGGGAAGGUGUAUGGCAUCGAGUCCCAUGUCCUGUCACCUGCGGAGACCAAGGACUUGUACCCUCUGAUGAAUGUGGACGACCUCUAUGGCACGCUGUACGUACCUAAGGAUGGCACCAUGGACCCCGCUGGGACGUGCACCACUCUCGCCAGAGCAGCCAGUGCUCUGGGAGCCACGGUGAUUGAGAAUUGUCCGGUCACCGGUGUCCAGGUGCACACCGAUGACCUUGGAGUGAAGAGGGUGAAAGCAGUGGAAACAGUCUAUGGGAUGAUCCAAACUCCAUGCCUCGUCAACUGUACAGGUGUGUGGGCUGUGAAACUGGGCCGGAUGGCCGGUGUCAACGUGCCACUUAUUGCCAUGCAUCAUGCCUACGUGGUGACGGAGAGGAUCGAGGGUAUUCAGAACAUGCCCAAUGUGCGGGACCAUGAUGCAUCCGUCUAUUUGCGUCUCCAAGGAGAUGCUCUGUCAGUGGGAGGUUAUGAGAGUAAUCCCAUUUUCUGGGAAGAGGUGUCGGAUAAAUUUGGCUUCAGCCUGUUUGACCUGGACUGGGACAUCUUCAUGCAGCACAUUGAGGGAGCCAUCAACCGUGUGCCUGCACUGGAAAAGACUGGCAUCAAGUCCACUGUCUGUGGGCCAGAAUCCUUCACAGCGGACCACAAACCCUUGAUGGGUGAGGCGCCAGAGGUUAGGGGCUUCUUCUUGGGCUGCGGAUUCAACAGUGCAGGGAUGAUGCUUGGAGGAGGCUGCGGGAAGGAGCUGGCACACUGGAUCAUCCACGGCAGACCGGAGAAGGACAUGUACGGCUACGACAUCAGGAGGUUCCACCACUCUCUGACCAACAACAAACGCUGGAUCCGAGAACGCAGCCACGAGUCCUACGCCAAGAACUACUCUGUGGUGUUCCCCUUCGAUGAGCCCCUGGCUGGCCGGAACAUGAGGAAAGACCCCAUUCACAAGCUGCUCCUGGACCAGGGCUGUGUUUUCCAGGAGAGACAUGGGUGGGAGAGACCAGGAUGGUUCAACAAGGAAGGCCCUGCUCCAGUCCUCGACUAUGAUUAUUAUGGGGCAUACGGAAUCUCCUGCAAUGACAGAUACAAAUACAAUGAGCUGCUGGGCAAGGAGUACACCUUCGACUUCCCUCCUCAUCACGAUGUGAUAAAGAAGGAGUGUCUGACCUGUAGGAACGCGGUGGCCGUGUUUGAUAUGUCCUACUUUGGCAAGUUUUACCUGAUGGGGCCCGACGCCAAGAAGGCAGCUGACUGGCUUUUCUCUGCAGACGUCAACAAAGCUGUGGGUUCCACCAUAUACACCUGCAUGCUGAACAAGAGAGGAGGGGCUGAGAGUGACCUCACGGUCAGCUGCAUUGAACCUGGCUCUGCCCACUCACCUCUGUCCCCUGCUUUUGAAGGUGAAGGGUAUUACCUGGCGAUCGGAGGAGGUGUAGCACAGCACAACUGGAGCCACAUCCAGGCUGUCCUGCAGGAUGAGGGGUUUGAUUGUCAGCUGCUGGAUUACUCUGAUGACAUGGGCAUGAUUAGCAUCCAGGGGCCCAAGAGCCGAGACCUGCUGCAGGAGGUACUGGACACAGACCUGAGCAAUGAGGCCUUCCCCUUCUCUACUCACAAGGUGGUGAAGGCUGCAGGACACAAGGUGCGUGCCAUGCGUCUGUCCUUCGUAGGGGAGAUGGGCUGGGAGCUGCACGUCCCACGGGAGUCCUGUGUGCCAGUCUACCAGGCUGUCAUGGCCACCGGGGCAAAGCACGGAGUCUGUAAUGCCGGCUACCGAGCCAUCGACUCCCUUAGCAUUGAGAAAGGAUACAGGCACUGGCACGCAGACCUGAGGCCUGAUGACACUCCGCUGGAGGCAGGGCUAGCUUUCACCUGUAAGCUGAAGAGCUCUGUCCCAUUCCUGGGGCGGGAGGCACUAGAGGCCCAGCGGGCACGCGGGCUGCAUCGUCGUCUCAUCUGCUUCACCAUAGAUGAGAAGGUACCCAUGUUCGGCCUGGAGGCGAUCUUCAGGAACGGUCAGCCCGUGGGCCACGUGCGUCGAGCAGACUAUGGCUUUGCCAUUGAUAAGACCAUUGGUUAUGGCUACAUCCGUAAUCCUGAUGGGGGAGUGGUGAGCCCUGAAUUUGUGAGGAGCGGGAAGUUCACUCUGGAGCGGAUGGGUGUGGUCUACAAGGCCCAAGCCCAUCUGAAGUCACCCUUUGACCCUGACAACAAUCGCGUGAAGGGCAUCUACUAAGCACUGUGCGGG